AUGAUUAUUGAUAUUCAUUUAGAAGUCUUGGACGAAUGUCAAAAAGGGGAAACACAAUUUCUUAAGGAGGAUUUUUUUGAAAUUUUGGUGCAAGAAUUUAUGGGAAGCAAAUUCAUAAAAGGAGAAAAGAAUUCCAGUUUUAGGGUCCCUGAGGAAGGUGUCCCUAAGGAACAGGUUCCAAGUUUAGAUUCCUGGUUUAGGGAGGAAGACUCUGUUCCUACAGAAGAUGUUCCUAAGGAACAGAAGUUCCAAGUUCAGAUUCCGGGUUUAAGGAGGAAGACCUUCUUCCUACGGAAUGUAUUCUUGAGGAACAGGUUCCAAGUUCAGAUUCCGGGGUUUAGGGAGGAAGACCGUCUUCCUAAGGAAUGUAUUCCGGAGGAACAGGUUCGAUGUUCCGAUUCCGGGUUUAGGGUGUAG